AUGGACUUAAGGCCGCCAGUUAUCCGAAGUGAACACAUCUACAGAGCCUAUUGGUUAUAUUGGCGUCUUUUGGGAUUGGAAAGCCAAUUUGUUCUAAACCGCUUGCUGGAUGUUUUGAUCACAGUUUUUGUCACUUUCUGGUAUCCAAUUCAUUUAAUUCUCGGCCUAUUUCUGGAAAGAACACUCGGCGAUGUCUGCAAAGGGCUACCAAUCACAGCUGCCUGCUUCUUCGCCAGCUUUAAAUUUGUAUGCUUCCGCCUGAAGCUGGAAGAUAUUAAAACAAUCGAAGUGUUGCUCAAAGAGCUUGAUCAGCGAGCUCUGAGUCAGGGGGAACGCCAGUUUUUUAACCAAAAUACGAAACGGGAAGCGAAUUUGAUUUGGAAGAGUUUCAUCGUGGCCUACGGAUUGUCGAAUGUUUCGGCGAUAGCAUCGGUUCUAUUCGGUGGUGGACAUAAGUUGUUAUAUCCGGCCUGGUUUCCGUACGAUGUGCAGGCCUCAGAGCUGGUAUUUUGGCUAAGUGUAACCUACCAAAUAGUUGGAGUAAGCUUGGCAAUAGUUCAGAACCUGGCUAAUGAUUCCUAUCCGCCGAUGACAUUUUGUGUGGUAGCAGGACAUGUGCGACUACUGUCAAUGCGCCUAAGUAGAAUUGGACAAGAUCGAAAGGAUACAAAGGCCGUCAUCGGAAAGCAGUUAGUCGAAAGCAUUGAGGACCAUCGAAAAAUCGUGAAAAUCGUGGAUUUGCUGCGCAGCACCAUGAAUAUGUCGCAACUUGGCCAGUUUAUAUCGAGUGGCGUUAACAUUUCCAUAACGCUCGUCAACAUUUUGUUCUUUGCGGAAAAUAACUUCGCCGUGACUUACUAUGGCGUGUACUUCGUUUCCAUGGUACUGGAGUUGUUUCCGUGCUGCUACUACGGAACCCUGAUAUCCGUGGAGAUGAGCAGGCUGACCUAUGCGAUAUAUUCGAGCAAUUGGAUCGGUAUGGACCGGGGACAUUGCCGCACCAUGCUGAUUUUCAUGCAGCUCACCUUGACAGAGGUGCAGAUCAAGGCGGGUGGCAUGAUUGGCAUCGGAAUGAACGCCUUCUUCGCCACCGUCCGGCUGGCCUACUCCUUCUUCACAUUGGCCAUGUCGCUGCGAUAA